GUAUUUUUGGCGAACUUAUGAGUACAGGUGAUGUUGACCUUGGUAACCGUUAGUCAUACAAAACAACCUUCAAGUUAGCGUGUGCUAUGAUUGGGACUCAUAACAAUAAUGAUAAUAAUGAUCAAGAUAUUAAAGAAGAUCUUUUGAAAAAUGUCAAGAUACAAGUAAAAAUGCUUAUGGAAGAAGCUGUUAUUCGUGGUUAUGUUCAUGAAGAUAGUGAAACAAUUGGUAAACUUUGUUCAUCCGUUGAAGCGGUACUUCUUUAUGGAGUACGUCGAAGUAUAUUCACAUGGAUAGAAGAAGAAUCCACUUAUGUAUUAUGUCAAAAAAUAGCAAAAUUUUGUCCAGAAGCUCAACAUACAUUAAAUCGUAUAGAAUAUUAUAAACAAACUAUUUUAAAGAAACGUAAUGAUUCUGAUAUAAAACGUAAUCUAUCUUCAUUACAUCAUAAUAAUACCAUGAAUAAAUCAUUCAUAUUUAAUGAAAAAUCAUCAUCAUCUUCAUCAUCAAUGAAUUUUACAUUUUGGUUAAAUGAUAAACGUAAUAAUCUAUUUAUAAAUGGUCGUCCUGAUACUUUAUUUCAAAAUUUUUGGAUUCGUGUUGGUAUUUAUGAAAAAGUAUUAGAUAAAAUUGUCAAAUUUUUAGCUGAUAAUACAUUACAAUAUUACGAACCAUAUUCUGUUAUUGCGGAUCCUUGUUAUGGGCAAUUGAUUAGUGAUCUAUUACGUGGUCCAUGUACCAUUGAUUAUUCACAUACACGAACAACAGAUCAUCUAUAUACGGAUCCAUCAAUUUCUGAAUUAAUACAACGUCGUGGUAUUUAUAGUAGUUUAAUGUCUAAACAAUUGACUUAUAUACCACCAAUUAGUAGUCAACAAUUAUUAAAUCAAUCCAUUGAACAAUCGGAUGUAACUGAUAUAAUCGAUAGAAAAAAUAAUGAUCAAUCUUAUUUAUCUAAAUAUACUUCAAAAGAAUUAUUCAAUGAAAAUUCUUCAAUAGAUGAAGAUGGUAAUAAUGAUAAUGGAAAUAUGAAUUAUCAUUCAAGUAUAUCGAAUGAUACUACUACUAAUAAUAAUAUUAGUAGUAAUAAUAAUGAUGAUAGAAGAUUAUUCAAUAGUCAUAAAAUCGAUAAUCGUAUUGAUCAUGUAAAUCAUUCUUCUAGUCAAUCCAAUUGGAUGUGUAAACGUGGCAGUUCUCCACUUAUUAAUAUAAGUGAUAUGCCAACUAAUCGAACAAUAAGAACUGGUUCAUGUGCAUUUCUGCCACAAAUGAAUGAAUUUAAUUCAACUAAAUCAAAUCCUGCAAAAGAACAUGUGGAAUCAAUGCAUCAAAGUUUACGAACACGUUUAUUAUAUGGAAAGAAUAAUGUACUAAUGCAACCGUCCAAUUCAUCAAAUCCAAUACCUGGUUAUUUAUCUUUAAUCGAUGGUGAAUGUGGUAAAUUGAUUGUACUUAAAUGGACACCAAAUUCAGCUGUAACUACUCCACAAAUGAAUAAUCAUAGUGAAGAAUUUUGUUUCUCUAAUGAUUCAAUACUGGAUUCAAGACUUGAUUUAGAUGAUUUAAAUGAAAAAGAAGCUUAUUGGGGUUAUGCAAUCAAAAUCAAAAUGUCUGAUGUUGUUUAUGGACAUUUACAUGAAUUUAAUAAUCAAUAUAUACUCACAUUCAUUCGAAAUGAUGGAAUCCAAUUAGCUCCAUUUCAUUUUUAUGCUCAAAGUCAUGUUCUUACAUUUUUAAAUUGUUUAGAACAAGGUUUAAAACAACGUGGUGGUUAUUUGAAUCCAUCUUCUGAAUUAGAUACAUCUACAUCAGUCACAUCAGAAUAUUCCAUGAAAUCUUAUCGUCCAUCAAUGCCAUUCAUUUUUGGUAAUCGUAAUCCAUUAUCACCUCCUCUAUCAACAUCCAUAACAAACAAUGAUACUAAGACAAACUCAUCAAUAACAUCAUCUCAAAACUUCUCAUCUACAAUUUACAAUAAACCUUCUAAAUUAAAUCAAUCAUUAUCAUUAACAAGCUCAAAUCUCAAACAACGUAUCUAUAUGAAUAUUUUAAAAGCAUUUAAUCAUACAGAUGAUAUGAAUAAUGAUGAAGAAUUACAAACACCAUAUUCAUCACCUUCUAUUUGUAUACCAGAGGAAAAAUGUCCUAUUCAACAUGUUUAUCUGAUUGUAUCUAAAACUAGAGAUAGUCAUGCAAUGGGAACAAUGAAUAAUAUCAAUACAUCAUCUAUAUUAUCGAAACGACUUACUUUAGAAGGUAUUUCAGAAGAACUUAUCCAUGAAUCAGAUGAUAUUAUUGAACAAUCAAACAAUCAACUAACUAUACAUGAAGAUGUAUUCAAGAAAUUACGUAAUAAAAUAUUAUCUCAUGUAUUUCAUAAAUGGUAUAAUCAUUUUAAUAAACUACGUACAGUCCGUAAAAAGUUAGCUGAUCUUGUAUCACCUAAUUUUUUAACAGUUGAUUCACCAACAAAUGCUGAAGAAGGUGUAACUGUAGAAUUUUGGAAUCAGUUAAUGACUAAUUCUAUUCCACAAAUCCCAUUCAGUGAACUUUGUCGUUAUAUUUAUUUUGGUAAUUGUGAUCCGACAAUUAGAAAUGAGGUAUGGCCAUAUUUAUUGGGUUUAUAUACAUGGAACUCAACUAGUGAACAAUUGAAUGCAGUCAAUAUACAACAAAAAGAGAUUUAUACAAAUGCUUUAAAUACAUGGAAUCGUGUUGUACAAUAUUUAAAACAAGAUGUUCGAUAUGCUAAUUUCAUAGCGAUUGUUCCACCUAAUAAUGAUUCAACUGAAUUUAAGGAGUGUUUAGAUCAUUCAAAAUCAUUUGCUAAUAAUGAAUUAUCAAUGAACUCAACAAAACAACCAGAUGAUAUAAACAAUGUAGAACUAGAGAAUAAUGUAAAUAAUGAUAAUGGUUUACAUGAUAAUCGUUCUUCAAUAGCAACACUUUCUAAUGAAAUAUCUACUUCUAAAUUAUCAAAUCUUUCUACUGAUUCACAAUUGUUUAUCACCAAUACAAUUCAAGAUCAAUGUGAAUUUUCGCCAAAUACAUUAGAAAUAUUUGCUGAUAAUUUAUAUAGAAUUGAUAAAGAUGUUACAAGAUGUGAUCGAAAUCAUACAUUCUUUAUGACACCAAAAAAAGGUUUCAAAUCUUCACAUCCUAACAUAACUGAAUUAAGUUCUAAUUUAAUUAAAUUACGUAAUAUUAUAUCAACAUGGGUUUGGUUACAUCUUGAUAUUGGUUAUAUACAAGGAAUGUGUGAUUUAUUAGCACCCAUUUUAAUUAUUAUUGAAGAUGAAAUUAAAACAUUUGCAUGUUUUAAUUGUUUAAUGAAAUGGAUGUUACCAAAUUUUCCACUUGUAAAAAAUUCUUCAUCUCAAUCAUCUAAUUCAGUUAAAUUAUCACCAUCUGAAACUCAAUUGUUACUAACGCCAUCAUCAUCAUCAUCAUCAUCAACAUCAUCAUCGUCGUCGUCGACGUCGACGUCAUCAAUGUUGACUAAUCAUAUAGAGAAAACAAUCAAUAAUAAUGACGAUAAUAAUAAUGAUUGCACAAUUACACGUACAACUUUAUUACAAAUGGCUGUAAAAGCAGCUCGUCGUCGUACUGUAACAAUGCAUACUAAAGAUAAUACUGUAGAUAGUAAUACCACUCAUAAUAAUAAUCACUCAAAACAACUUCAUUAUGAUAAUAGUACAUUGCGUUGUACAAAUAAACUCAAGGAAACACCAUCAUUAUCAUCCGCAACAUCCUCAUCCUCAUUAUCAUCGUCGGAAUCAUCAUCGACAUCGUUACAGAGAAUCACUGAUAAAACAAUUGAACAAUCAUAUCAUAAUCCUAAUACAAAUGUAAUCAUUUCACCAUAUGAUAAACUAUUAUUGAAAUCUUCUGAAUUAUCAAUACCAUGUAUGGAUAUAAGAUUUUCUUUUCUUCAAUCAUUAAUAGAAAUCUUUGAUCCAGAAAUGAAUAAUCAUUUAACUAAAAAAGUACCAGAAGGACAAUUAUUGUUUUCAUAUCGUUGGUUAUUAUUAGACUUUAAACGAGAAUUACAAUAUGAUGAUAUCUUUCCUGUAUGGGAAACAAUAUGGGCAUCACGUCGUAUUGUAACAUAUGAUUUUGGUAUAUUUUUUGCAUUAGCAUUACUUGAAUAUUAUCGUGAUAUUUUAAUUUAUUAUAAUAUGGAUAUAACAGAAAUUAUUCGAUUUUAUAAUGAAUUAACCGAACAACAUGACUGUGUAACACUAUUAGAAUUGGCACGUAGUUUUGUCUUUCAACUACAACAUUUAAUGGUAGACAAGUGAACUUUGGUUUGAUAAAGAAAGAUCUGCUCAAAUCAUUGAUUUUAUGAUCUUUAUUUUAUUGAUUUAUUUGUCCAGAGGUUGUUUUUGUUUUUUGAUUUUAUUUCAAAGAUGAUUGUCAUUUCAUUGUAUAACUAAAUACAUUUUGUAAAAAUCUAUACAAUAAUAAAACUUACUUGCUUAUGCCUGUUACCCAUUGUGGAGGAACACGGGCCUCCCAAUAACAUUCCCCAUCUAAAUUUGUCCUGGAAAAUCUUUUCCGGUUCUUUCCAGUUGUUAUUCAUCAUUACGACGUCCGCUUCUAAUUCCCAACGUUAUGGAUUCUUCGACCUUUGUUUUUUUCCAUUUCUCUUCAAGAUUCCAAGUGAGUAUUUACCUCGUAAUAUAGUUUGAUGAUUUCCAAUGCUCCUUUCUGAAUUUCUUCUUCAACUGAAAGCUAGUUUUGUUCUCUCCUACUGGAGUCAAAACAAACAGAGAACUAUAUAUAUAUAU